AUGGCCGGUGAAACCGGAAAGGAAUCAACAUCUCGUGUAACUGAAGAGAUGAAAGCUACUAUUUCCGAGGAAGUCGGAAAAACUUUAGAAGCUAGUCUACCGCAGUUCAUUGAUAGACUACAAACUACGCUUUUAGCGGUAAUAGAGAUGAAUGAAAAGAAAAAUGCGGGUAAAUCGAAAGCGUGCCCAUAUAAUAAAUUUAUGGCAUGCAAACCCCCGUUAUAUCAUGGUGAAGUUGAUCCGAUCGUUUGUCAACGAUGGAUUAGCGACAUUGAAGGGGUAUUUGAAAGGACCCAUUGUGACGAGACUGAUUUCGUGGCAUACGGAACUGGUCAGUUAAGAGGCCAAGCCAAGGAUUGGUGGGAUAAUCUGAAGAAGGAACAGGGAAUUGAGGCCACGAGAAUUAUGACAUGGGAAGAAUUCAAAACACCGUUCCUUAGACAUCAUAGCCCGAAAGCUGUAAUCAAUAGGAUUAAAGAAGAGUUUAUUCAGCUAAGGCAUAAUGGUGAGUCGAUAGAGAAGAUUACAGGAAUCUUUCUCGAUAAGAUCAGGUUUUGCGAUGAGCUGGUUCAGACUGAAGAACAGAAAAUAUAUUACUACUACAACAUGCCGAGCGCGAAGUAUCGGGAGUUUAUGACUCCUUCAAAAUACGGGCAUCUUACAGAGAUAGUGAAUGCCGCACGUGAAAGGGAAAUUGAGCUGAAAAAGCAGAUUGAAAGGGGUGAGCGAAGGGUGUUUGAUAAAAACCCAAUCCCCGUAAAGAAACAAAAGCUGAAUGAAGCUCCGAAGAAAGGGGUUGACAAAGGGGGGAUACCUCCAUGCAAAAUUUGUGGAAAGAAUCAUAAGGGCGAAUGCUAUUUUAAAAACAAACCAUGUCCUACUUGUGGCAAAGUGGGACAUGUGGUUGCAAAUUCCCCGGGAAAGGUGUCAGUAUGUUAUAAAUGUUACAAAUCGGGACACAAAAAGUCUGAGUGCCCGGAGUUAGAGGGAACCAAAGACACCACUGAUACAAAGCCUGAUGCUCAGAAAGCAAGGGCAAGAUCUUUCAACAUGACAGCCGCUGAAGCUAAAACUGAACCUGAUGUUGUUUCAGAAUUCCAACACGAAUUUUAUUUGAUACGGGUGCAAAUAGAUCUUUUAUAUCACAUCGAUUUAUUCAACACCCUACAUUCACGUUAA